AUUUGCCGCUAGUUUUUGAGAGAUUCUGUUUUGGAAUUGUGUGCAUUGAAAAGUAUCAACAAACAUGAAACUUUACUGCUUAAGCAACGAUUUGGCCAAACCAUGUUAUGUGGUUACAUUCAAGGGUCUCCGCAUAAUGCUCGAUUGUGGAUUGACCGAACAAACUGUCCUCAACUUCCUUCCGCUUCCGUUCGUCCAAAGUUUCAAACUAUCCAAUUUGGCCAAUUGGAUUCCCAAUCGAGAACAUGACCAACAAAUGGAUGGUGAAUUAAAAGAAUGCUGUGGUCGCGUCUUUGUCGACUCAGCUCCAGAAUUCACUCUUCCCAUGGACAAGCUAAUUGAUUUCAGUGAAAUUGAUGUAAUCCUGAUUUCAAAUUACCUCAAUAUGCUUGCCAUGCCCUAUAUCACCGAGAGGACGGGUUUCAAGGGGAAAGUCUAUGCUACAGAGCCAACUCUUCAGAUUGGACGAUUCUUUCUUGAAGAACUCGUUGAAUACAUUGAAGUGGCUCCAAAAGCGAAUAAUGCAAAUCUCUGGAAGGAAAUGUUGCACUUGUUGCCAGCUCCUCUAUGUGAUGCGUUCAGACCAAAGAAGUGGAAACAAAUUUUCAGUAUUAAGGACGUUCAGAGUAGUUUAGCCAGAGUCACCAUAACUGGAUAUGAUGAGAAAUUGGAUAUCUAUGGAGCAUUCAUUGCAACACCAGUUAGUUCUGGAUAUUGUUUGGGUUCAAGCAACUGGGUUCUAAACACCGCACAUGAAAAGGUUUGCUAUGUAAGUGGCUCGUCGACUCUUACAACUCACCCACGUCCUAUCAAUCAAGCUGCUUUGAAACACGCCGAUGUUCUUAUCAUGACAGGUCUUACUCAGGCUCCAACAGUUAACCCCGAUACCAAACUAGGGGAACUCUGCAUGAAUGUUGCUGUGACCAUUAGAAACAACGGUUCUGCUCUUAUUCCUUGCUAUCCAUCUGGAGUAGUUUACGAUUUGUUCGAGUGUCUGACGCAGAAUCUUGAAAAUGCUGGUCUUAAUAAUGUUCCAAUGUUUUUCAUAUCCCCCGUAGCCGAUAGUUCUUUAGCAUAUUCGAAUAUUCUCGCAGAAUGGUUAAGUUCGGCAAAGCAAAAUAAGGUCUACCUUCCCGAUGAUCCUUUCCCGCAUGCUUUUUAUGUUCGAAAUUCAAAAUUGAAGCACUAUAAGCAUGUUUAUUCGGAAGGAUUCAGCAAGGAUUUCCGACAGCCAUGUGUGGUAUUUUGUGGACAUCCGAGUUUAAGAUUUGGCGAUGCGGUUCACUUCAUUGAAAUGUGGGGUUCAAACCCAAACAAUUCCAUCAUUUUCACAGAACCCGACUUCCCAUAUCUGCAAGUUUUGGCUCCCUUCCAACCAUUGGCCAUGAAAGCAUUUUACUGUCCCAUCGACACGUCACUGAAUUAUCAACAGGCGAACAAGUUAAUUAAGGAAUUGAAGCCAAGUGUCUUGGUCAUUCCCGAAAACUACACAAAACCCCACCCAGCUGCACCACAACUUUAUAUUGAACAACCAGUAAUAUCCUUUUCAUUCCUUGAGUGUGUAUGUUUUUUUUUAUUCAUACAUCCCCUCAACUUUCAGGACAAAAAAAUCAUUACAUUCAAAUGCGGAGAAAUCAUUCGAUUGCCUCUCAAAAGAAAAAUGGAUCGAGUCUAUCUUACCUCUGAACUUGCAUCGAAACUUGUACCUCGUGAAAUAAGUCCCGGUGUGACAAUGUCUACCCUAACCGGAGUGCUAGAAGUCAAAGAUAAAGUACAUAACAUUGCUCCUUGUGAAGAUGGAUCAGAUGAUAAACCGAGCGUAAGUGCAGGCACAACUCUACAGCCACCCAAACGAGAAGAAGUUCUCAAGAAAGUGAAAUAUGAAUAUGGAGGCGUUGAUAUUGAUUUGUUUAUGAAGAAAUUGGCGCAAGAUGGAAUCACAGACAUUAAGACAGAACGAAGUGGAGGUGUUCUCACAAUAAGUAUUCCAAGUGAAGAUACGACGAUAAAAAUCGAAGAGAAUUCAACACAUAUUGUGUGUGGGGGGAAACAAUCGUUGCGACUCAAAUUGAGAGAUUCCCUGAUGCAGUGUGUACAGAGUUUUUAAAAAUAAAAAAAAAAACAUAUAAAUAUAA